AUGUCCAAUCGAUGGGUCGGUGUUUCGGAUAUCUUCCGCGUGGAGAUUGUCUUCGAACUUGAGACCAAAUCGUAUAUUGCCUCUGUCAUGGUUGAUAUUCCAGAGCUCUAUGAUAUGCACGGCUCAGACUGUUCGCAUCACUUUCUUUUUCUGCUGUAUGAUACCAUGUUCAAAAUUUAA